AUAAAAAAUCCUAUGGAUUUAUUUACAAUAAUUUCAAAAUUAAAAAAUAAUCAAUAUGCAAGUAUUGAAGAAUUUGAGAAUGAUAUUCGUCUUAUAUUUCGUAAUUGUUAUAUAUAUAAUGAUAUAGGAAGUGAAAUGCAUAUUUUAGGAGAAGAAUUAGAAUCAACUUUUAAUAAGAUCUGGACUGAAAAAAUUGGUAUUCAAGUUAAA